AUGGCUCCUCAAAUCCCCAAGACCCAUAAGGCCGCUAUGUUCAAGGAAAAGGGUGGGCCCCUUAUUGUUGAGGAGAUCGAGACCAAGCAGCCUCAGGAAGGCGAGAUUCUUGUCAAGGUCCAGGCUUGCGGUGUUUGUCACUCCGAGGUUGUGGUUCAGCAAGCUAUGUUUGGAACUCCAUUCCCGAGGAUCCCGGGUCACGAAAUCAUUGGUCAUGUCGUGGCCGUCGGGCCACACGAGAAAGAGUGGAAGGUCGGCGAUAGAGUUGGUGGAGCUUGGCACGGUGGACAUGAUGGAACCUGCAAGCAAUGCCAACGGGGCUUCAACCAGGCUUGCGUGAAUGAGCAAAUCAACGGCGUGACCCGCGAUGGUGGAUUCGCCGAAUACUGCACCCUCCGCUCUGAAGCCGCCGUCCACAUCCCCACAGACGUCGACGCUGCAAGCUAUGCCCCUCUCCUCUGCGCCGGCGUCACCGUCUUCAACUCAAUGCGCCAGAUGAAAAUUACGAGCGGUGAAACCGUCGCUAUCCAAGGUCUCGGGGGGCUCGGACAUUUGGCCCUGCAGUAUGCGAACAAAAUGGGCUACAAAGUCAUCGCGCUGUCCAGUACUGGUGCGAAAGAGAAGUUUGCGAAGGAUCUUGGCGCUCAUGUAUAUGUGGAUGGCAGCAAGGAGAAUCAUGCCGAGGCCUUGACGAAGAUGGGUGGUGCGGCGAUGAUCGUUAGCACGGCGCCCAUUCCGGCAAUCAUGGGCGACCUGGUGAAUGGGUUGGCGCCGGGAGGGAAGUUGGUGCUUUUGGCUCGUAAGUUGCACCCCAGAUUUCACACAGGCGGUCCACUGACCAUGAUAGCAAUUGGUGAGAUCACGGUCAACACCGGGCCCCUGAUCGCGAAGGGCGCUUCAGUCCAUGGCUGGCCUUCCGGCCAGGCCCUCGAUUCCGAGGAAGCGAUUGACUUUGCAGAGCUUCAUGGCGUCAAGUGCAUGAUUGAGAAGUUCCCUCUUGCGAAAGCUAACGAGGCGUAUGAUUAUAUGUUGGCUGGGCACCCAAGGUUUAGGUGUGUGUUGGUGAUGGAGUAG